CAAUACUUUUAGUAAAAUGGUGAAAGAGAAUGCGAAAGGAGCGAAGGAUAUCGUGAUUGGUAACGCGGCUACCCUCAACUUUUACCGUAAAAUGAUAACAGUGACAGUGAUCCUGUACGCAGUGGUGAGAUGGAGUUUUGGUUUCACCUGGACACAAAUCAUCCUUUCCUUAAUCUCCGGAGUUAGCUUGUCUAUGUUAUACGGGUCUAUGAACAGUGCAGCGAAAGGGGGCACAGAUCUGAAUAUGGACGGUGGUGUCACCGACUACUUUAAAGAUAUAAUCAUUGUGACCUGUGUUGUCAUGAUUUUAUCACUCAUAUCUGACUACUUCUGGUAUGGUUGGCUAAUAAUCCCAGGAUUUGCUCUUGUUAAACUCUGGACUUCUGUUAUAUCACCCUGGAUAUUCGCACCUGCCCCUGAAGCACCCGAGGGUGAUAUGCAGCAAGAUGGUUUCAAGAAGGGACAGAGACAAACAAAACAAAAGAAACAGUCCAACUACAACUCUAACUCAAAUCAUGGCAUGUUUUCAAGUUACCGAUAACUUUAUUUAUUUAUUAAAUAAAAUAAAGUUUAUUUAGGCUACAUUAUUAGUCGAUGUUUAAAUUGUAACGAUGGUUUCAGAUUUGGUUUAAGUAUACUACUAUUCGGGGUUGUUACUUUUGCACUAUUAGAUGAGAUAAUUCGGGUUGCUGAUUAUAACAGUAAACAUUCUUAUGUUCAUAAA